AUGUCUAUUCGUUCUAUAGACAGACCUAUCACCCUAAAUCGGGCGGAGAAAUCAGGUUUCAUACAACAGGUCGAAUUCAUAGAUGGACAAGUGGUCCAGCACAUAUCCAUGCGUCAACCGAAUACACCAAGACAAACCUUUACCAGUAAAGGAUCUGAGACCAUCCGCUGGGCAGAAGCUUCCUCUCAGCUGUACCGCAUGUCUGUCUCGAGCGGAGAAGUCAAAGAGCUGCCUAUUGACUGCCGGAAAGCAUUUGCCGAUUAA